AUGUCGCGCAACCCGUUCGAUGAUGAUUAUCGUGGAAGCAGCGCUUCAUCUGCGCAACCGAUUAAAAGCUAUUCGACAAUGGGACAAGGAAAUAUUGAAGAUGAAGCGGAUUAUUAUGAAAAAGAAAUCGAGAAAUACCUCCAGGAAUCGCUUGAUAGUACCGAACGCUCGCGUCGACAUUUGGAGAACUCGGAGAAGAUUGGUGUGGCGACUGCGCAGGAGCUGCUCGAGCAGCGCGAGAAACUCGAGAGAACCGAAAAGAAUCUCGACGAGAUCCAUCGAACCACGCAAAUGACACAGCGCAAUUUGAACAGCCUCAAAUCGGUGUUCGGCGGAUUCUUCAAAAAUAAAUUCUCGAAAAAGCCGCAGGAAGCGAGCGAUUCGGCGUCAACAACGGUGCCGCAGUCGAAAUCGGCGUCGAGAUUAUCUGAAACUGCGUCGGGAUUGUCAUCUGGAACAACUUCCGCUUCGUUCUCGGGGCCUUCUGGGAGAACAUUGAACGAAUCGAGCCGAAAUGCGAUCAAGGGAACCCGUUGGGAGGCGAUGGACAAUCAAAUCGAUGAGAAUCUUGACAUGAUGUCGGCGAAUUUGCGCAACCUUCAGCGCUUAGGAAUGGACCUCGGAAAAGAGGUUGAUUCGCAGAAUGAGAUGCUCGAUCGUAUCCACACGAAGGCGGAGAGGAAUGACGCGAUUGUUCGCGAUCAGGACAAACAAAUGCAGAAGAUUCUCGGAUCGGGUCCGAGUUCGAGUGCAACGGCCACCACUACUGCCGAAUCGCUUACUCCGAGCCUUGACACGUCGACGAAGAUGUCGUUGAUGAUGAAGGCCACGUCAUUGUUCCGUUGA